AUGAAUAGACAAAUUUUUAAGUCACUUUUUAUUUUUUUUCUCAUUCAUUUGUUAGCAUUAAAUAUUGAUGCUAGACAUAAAUAUCAUCCAAAAUCUUCUAAAACAUGUACUAUCACUGAUAUUAGCGAUACAACAGUGACAAUCACAAUACCCUGUUCAACUGAAAUACCUGCUUUGAGUGCUUGUCCUGACCGCCAACAAGUAUCUAAUAAUUGUAAAGAAUGUGAACAAAAAACGACAGUAACCUGUACACCUACUACAACUGUUUGUAUUUCUACACCAACAUGCCUUCCUGAUGGAGCUCCAUGUACCUCAGAUGAUCAAUGUUGCUUCCCUAAUGUCGGUGGUUGCUGUGCUUAUGCGAAUUAUACUUUUACGUUACAUGAUUACGGUGAAAUGUUUGAACAAGGAGUACAGACAGAAAAAGCGGCGGGAAUAGAGAUUAAAAGACAAACAAAAAAUACGAGAUAUUUAAAGGCCAUAUUGAAAUUAAUCUAUAAUAAUUUAAAAUAG